AUGGCUUCACAAACUUCAGAUGCAAAACCCCUUCAUUCAGACAAUACCCUCCGAGCGACGGCGUCAGAGGAGCAUUCGAGCCGAUAUGGAUUGCAACAGCCAGCCGGGCCGGAGAAUAACACGAACAACACACGAAACGACCGGACCAAGCAAGACAGCACGGACGCAAGCACAACCGCAAUAGAAGAGACUGCCAUCGCCCUCUGCAUGAUGGAGGAACGAAUGCUCCAGGCCGAAGCCCCAAAUCCAAACCCGAGACUGAGCGGACUCCGUGACCAUACUCGCCAUACUCACCAUCCUCAACCUCCUUGCCCCGGCAAUGACGGAGACACAUCACCCCGCCACAGAAACGAAAACACCCUUGUAAGGAAGAUCAAAGAUGCUUUGAUAUCCUUUGCUCGUUUCAUCGGCCCGGGAUUCAUGGUCUCCGUCGCCUACAUCGACCCAGGUAAUUACGCCACCGCGAUCGCUGCCGGCGCGUCCUACCGGUUUUCCCUCCUGUUUGUGGUGCUGCUGGCGAACUUCUGUGCCGUGUUUUUGCAGGUGCUGGCCGCUAAGCUGGGGACGGUGAGUGGAUUGAGUCUGGCGGAGGCGAGUAGGAGGUAUUUGCCGCGGUGGGUGGGCUGGGGGGUUUAUAUAGUUGCGGAGGGGGCGGUGGUAGCGACGGAUGUUGCUGAGGUCAUCGGCUUCGCAAUCGCGUUGAACCUAUUGAUCCCGUCCAUCCCUCUCGUAGCCGGCUGCGCCCUCUCCAUCCUGGAAGUCCUGCUCAUCCUGCUCCUCUACAGCCCCACCACCACUGGCACCAGCACCGGCCGACCCUCCAGAGCGCUACAAGCCUUCGAGUACAUCGUCAUGCUCCUCGUUCUAGCCGUAAUCGUCUGCUUCUGUGUGCAACUCUCCAUGAUACGCGGGGUUGAUGUCGGGGACGUGUUGAAGGGGUUUGUGCCGUCAGGGGUGCUGCUGGAGAGGACAGCGCUGUAUCAGGCGUGCGGGAUACUGGGCGCCACGGUCAUGCCGCAUAGUUUGUACCUCGGGAGUGGGAUCGUGCAGGGAAAGGUUUUGGAGUGGGAGAAGAGGGCGAUGGCGAGGAGACUGAGUAUCAGUGAUGUCGCGAGGGACGAGAGAGAUGGGGUCGCCGGGAGAAAGGAAGAGUACAGGCCUUCAUUAGCGGCUAUAAGACACUCCCUCCGCAACUCAACCCUAACCCUCACCCUCUCUCUCACAACCCUAGCCCUCUUCGUCAACGCCUCUAUCUUGAUCGUCGCCGGCGCGAGCCUCUACCCCCUCCCUUCCGACAGUCCCCCUGCGGACCUCUUCACAAUCCACACCCUCCUGACCACAUCCCUCUCCCCUUUAGCCGGCACCCUCUUUGCCUUGUCCCUUCUCCUGUCCGGUGCCUCCGCGGGUAUUGUUUGUACUCUGGCGGGGCAGAUUCUCAUUGAGGUGGGCAGAAAGGGGGUGAGCGCGGCGUUGGAGGGGAGUCAGGUUGCGUUGAGUGUGGCGUUGCCGGUGGUUGGAGGGGUGCUGGUGUGGUUGACGGGGAGGAAGGGGGUUAUGACUGCGCCUGGGCACCGUCGUGGACACAGAGAAGAGGAGGAUGGCGAGAGAGUAAAGGGGGAGAGGGAGAGGGCAUGGGAACGGGUUAGGAGGUGGUUGUUGGGGGAACGGAGGAUGAUGAGGACAGAGGGCGUGACGAUGGCGAAUAGCUGGGGGAGGGGAGAGAGGGGGAGAGGGGGAGAAGAAGUGAUUGAAGGGGAUUAA